AUGACUAUUGUGGGUGAUAAUCACAAUAGUAUUGAACUCUAUACUAUAGAAACAACAAAUGUUCAAGAAAAUGAUACUAUUAAAACUAAUCAAUGUAAAAUAUCUGAUGAUCCAAAUGAUAAAAAGCUUCUUCGUAAACUUGAUCUUCAUCUUGUUCCAACAAUGACAUUAUUUUGUCUCUUAAGUUAUCUUGAUCGAGUUAAUAUUGGACAAGCAAAACUUGUUGGUCUUAUGGAGUCAUUAAAAUUAACAAGUAUUCGAUAUAAUGUAUGUCUCAGUGUUUUCUUUAUCACAUAUGUUGCUUUUGAGAUUCCAUCAAAUCUAGUUCUUAAAAGAUUAAGACCAAGCCGAUGGCUGCCAACGAUUAUGAUUGCAUGGGGUAUUGUCAUGACUUUGAUGGGUCUUGUACAUUCUUAUGGUGGUCUUCUUGCUUGCCGACUUGCAUUAGGUGCUGCUGAAUCUGGUCUUUUUCCAGGUGCUAUUUUUUAUUUAUCUUGUUGGUAUAAAAGACGUGAAUUAUCGUGGCGAAUAAGUAUACUAUUUUCUGCAUAUGCACUAGGUGGUGCAGUUGGUGGUAUACUUGCUUUUGGUAUCGGUCAGAUGAGAGGUAUAGGUGGACAAGAAGGUUGGCGAUGGAUUUUUUAUCUUGAAGGCAUGAUGACUGUUGUUGUUGGUGCAGCAGCUUUCUUUUUAAUCAAUGAUUUUCCAUCGGAUCGACCUAAAUUCUUAACUGAAGAAGAAUGUGAUCGAACAAUUACUCGUUUACAAAAUGAUGCUGGACCUGGUGCUGGUGAACAUUUCAGUUGGAAACAAGUUCGAGCAGCAUUUCUAGAUUGGAAAAUAUACAUUUUUUGUUUGUGUACUAUUAGUGUACUUGUGCCAUUUGCUUCUCUUUCACUUGUUUCGCCCACGAUUAUUCAUGGUCUUGGUUUUCAAAGUUAUCGUGCACAACUUAUGACUGCACCGCCAUAUGCAUUUGCAUGCAUAACUACAAUGGCAACAGCUUAUUUUUCUGAUCGAUAUGCAAGACGUGCUAUUUUUAUUAUGUUUUGGUUAAUAGUAGUUAUUAUUUGUUUUAUUAUUUUAAUUGUUGUACAAAAUUUAAGUGUUAAAUAUUUUGCUGUAUUCUUAGCAAUCGGUGGUAUUUCACCAUGUAACUCUAUAUGUCUUACUUUUUUGUCGUGCAAUAUUAGUCCGCAUACAAAACGAGCAACUGCAUUAGCAUUUAUGUCAUCUGUUGGUAAUUUCGGUGGAAUAAUUAGUGGUCAAAUCUAUCGAUCUCAAGAUGGACCUCGUUUUAUUCUUGGUCAUGGAAUUAAUCUUGGAUUUUGUGUAUUAGGAUUAAUUGCUGUUAUUAUAUUAUUUAUUAGUCUUCGAUUAGAAAAUCAUCGUCGUGAUCGAUUAUAUGGUGUUGUAUCUAGUAGUAAUAGGAAGGCAAGUGUUGUAACAAAGGAGACGAAUAAAGAAGUUGUUGAUAUUUAUUAUGGGUGUGGAAGCGAAGAAGAUCGACGAAAAUGGGGUUAUGAACAUAUGUCAGAAGAAGAAAUUCGAGAUUUAGGUGAUAAACAUACUGCUUGGCGUUAUAUUCUAUAA